GGCCGUUUCAGCGACAAGACACACACACACACACACACACACACACUCUCUCCCUCUCUCUCUCUCUCUCUCUCUCUCUCGCACACUCGCGUUCUUACCGGCAAACCCACAACACACGCUGACAGAUUAGAGUGUCAGUGUCAGGAAACCUGAAGUGAGCAGACGGACACCACACACACUCCAACUGGACGAGAAGACUGCAAGACGGAGCAACUGCUUUACUUUAAAAAGGGGAAAUGACUUUAGGCCUUCUUAACUGAAACACGCCGUUUGUGUUUGUUUUUAAGGGGGGUGGUCACGUUAGUUUGUUUUGUUUUUAAGGGGGGUGGUCACGUCACACACGAGUUUUCUGCCGGCAAAACACACAGAGGCAGAGUUUGGGAGCGGAGAGACGGACUGCAAAACGACUUCAAGAAGAAGAGGAGCCACUUGUAAAGAGACAGAAGAGGAGCCACUUGUAAAGAGACAGAAGAGGACAAGUGUCAGAGUCCAGGGGGCGGAACGGACAGACCACAGGGAAGGAGGUGAAGAAAAGAAAAGAACAGAACAGAGAAGAGAAGAGAAGAAGGAGUUAUCCUGCCACCACAAGAAAACAAAAAGACUUGAAGUAAGAACGGACAGGAGAGCAAGAAAGAGGACGACAAGGAAAACACGAAGGAGUGUAACGACAACAAAACCCAGACGACACAACGUUUACAAGACACAGCAGACGAAACACGUUGUUUUGUUUUGGGCUCGUGUGGUGGUGACCAGUGACCCGGCCAGACUACUCCUGGAGUUGGUCUCUGCUGUUGGUGUGAGUCUGAGUGGCGUGAAAACAUCUUCUGCAAGAUACGCACGUGUUUCUGUUUUGGGUCAAAGGUCACGUCGUUUUGUGACCCAGAAAACAGUCAUUAAAACAGCAGGUGGAUUGUAUUGUAGCCAUUUGUAGUCUUUCCCUCCAUCGAAAACCCAUUACUAGACACGGCUAUUGGACUACAAUACGACAGGUGGAUUUACAACUUGUUUUUGUUUCUCCACAAUAAAUAAAAAGACAAAGCAGGUCUCAGGACUCAGGACUUGAUUAACUUCUCGUGUCAGUAAGUGGAAUACAAGAGGACUGGAACACUUGCCAUUGAGCGAGGGGAAGAAAAAGUUUAGGAAAAGUUGAAAGGUCAAAGGUCGUCCCGCUGGAGUUCGUGACGAUACACAUGGCGGUCACCGGGGAGGAGACGGAGUCUGCUGCUACGGGGGACAUGCCGACCUAUCAGAUCAUCCGCUCCUCCCAGGCCCCUCCCCCUUCCUCUGCCAUCGCCAUAGCGACCUCACCGGGGGGCAUGAACCUCCAUGCGCUAGGCCACGCCCACUCACCGCAGCAGCCGACGGAGGACGUGUCUCGCAAGAGGGAAGUUCGCCUCAUGAAGAACCGGGAGGCGGCUCGAGAGUGUCGGCGUAAGAAGAAAGAAUACGUGAAGUGUCUGGAGAACCGCGUCGCUGUUUUGGAAAACCAGAACAAGACUCUCAUCGAGGAGCUGAAGGCCCUUAAAGACAUCUACUGCCACAAAACCGCUUAGGAGGAGCUGAAGGCUCUUAAAGACAUCUACUGCCACAAAACCGCUUAGGAGGAGCUGAAGGCUCUUAAAGACAUCUACUGUCACAAAACCGCUUAGGAGGAGCUGAAGGCCCUUAAAGACAUCUACUGCCACAAAACCGCUUAGGAGGAGCUGAAGGCUCUUAAAGACAUCUACUGCCACAAAACCGCUUAGGACCUAACAACAGCUCUCUGCGUUUAUUUCCAUUGUUUUGUUGUCUUUUGUCUCUCAUUGAAACCCAUUAUAAGAGGUGACUAUUGAACUACAACAAUGGCCUCUUUGGGUAGCCCAGUGUGUAGUUUUCUGCCAUUUGAAACACAUCAUACGACACGGCUAUUGAACUACGAAUGACCUAAAUGGCCGCCAACAAUCUCUUCAGUUAGCCGUGUGUAGUCCUGUCUGCCAUUGAAGCCCAUGAUAAGUGGUGACUAUUGAACUACAACAAUGGCCUCCUCAGGUAGCCCAGUGUGUAGUCCUGCCUGCCAUUGAAGCCCAUUAUAAGACACAGCUAGUGACCUAAAAUGGCUGCCAACAACCUCCUCAUUUUAUUCUGCUCGUUGUUUUUUAUUUCAUUGGUUGUCAUAAAGGUAAUGAGAGCUCUUCAAGAUAUCGCCUGCCAUAAAACCAUUUAAUGAAACAGCUCUUAAUGUAUAUUUAUUUUAUUUUUAAAUCAAUAUUUCAAAUUUAAUUUUGUAUUGUAAGGAUAUUUUGCCCAUUAAUUCAAUUUUAUUCCUACGAGGAAAUGAAAGCACUUCAUCAACUCAUAAAACAGCUUAGUUAAUUUUAUUAUUCCGUCAAAUUUUAUUUUGCAAUUUACUGAUAAGUUGUUAAAGGGGUAUGGCACUAUUUUGGGGCUUAAUACAGUUAAAUCAUUGGCCAGGGUUUAUAAAGGUGGUAAAGUGUCUUAUUUCUCAUGUAAGCCGUUGUCUUCCUUUAAGAUGCUACAUGCUACACAGAUCCAUUGCUACAUACUCCCUCUUUUAACUUGUCUUAAAGCAAAACAACGCUUACCAUGAAAAAUAAGACACUUUACAUGCUUUAUAAACCCCGGCCAACAAUUUUAACUGCAUUAAGCCCCAAGAUAGUGGCAUACCCCUUUAAUCAAUUCCAUUUUAUUGGUUGUCAUUGAGGAAUUGAAAGACAUUGACUGCCAUGACGAGGCGUAGUAGAUGUGUAAGGUUGCUUAUUUUAUUGCUUAGGGUUCAUUUUGUAUUGUACUGAUAUUUCUCUCAUAUUUUCAUCGUAUUUUCUUUUUCUUUUUUUGAUUGUGUUUUUUUUAUCUCUCAAUGCAGUCAACACAUUCUUUAUUUUCAGAGAUGUCCAAAGUAAACGUAAAAGAAAAAAUAAUACUGCCGUAGUUUCCCUCCAACACAUGUAGUGCCAGCAGAGAUUCUUUAACUAUAGAGA